AACAACAUAGCAACAGUCGCACAAUAAUUCAAAUAAAGCCACAAGAUAAUCAAAUAUUUCGCCAAUAUAAAAACAACAGUAACUGAAAUUGUUCGUUACGUUUCACUGUUGUUAUUAAUUCGUGUUUUUUUUUUCGAGUGUGUUGUUGUUUUUUUGGUUGGUGCUGUUCUUUGAAAUGUAAAUGUGAAAACAAAAACGAAACGAAAUUUCGCCAGUCGAAAAACCUCGAGAACGAUAAAGCACGGACAAAAGGAAACCGAAUAAAUAGCAAAGAACACCGAGACGGAAUAGAGAGAGAAAGAGAGACAGAGAGAGAGUGACACCACAACAGUUUCAACAUGGUGCUACAGAACCACAACAUCGUGGUGGCUCGCUCCACUUUGACUCCGAACAACAGCAGCCAGAACUUUAUCUCCCACUCCCACCAGGGCGGACAGUCUGGUGGCGGUGGCGGCGGCGGCAGUGGCAGUGGCGGACGCUAUCCAGUGAAUGCCGGGCCAGGCAAUCAGCGGCCCAUCGUGGAUCUGCUCGUGGCCAUGGUGGCUGUGCCGGUGCUCAUACUGUGUGCCCUGCAGCUGGAGAAGAAUCUGCACGACAUGCACAACAGUCCCGAGUCGCGUUGGCUGGUCUUCGCCCUGGGCAUCGGGAUGCUGGUCAUCAGCGUCAUCAUCUGCGGCUAUGUGACACAUCGCAUGGGCGUCUGCAUCUGGGCCGGGCCCAUCGACGAGGCCGGCAAUCGCGCCGGCUCUGGCGCACUGCAUCACAUCAACUCGCAGAACGAUGUGCUACGCAUUGUGGACUCGCUGCCGCCGAGCUACGAGAGCGUGGUCAAGUGCGAGCUGCCGCCGCCGGCCUACGACUGCGUUAUGAUCGAUGUCGACCCGUGCAAGGAUAUGCAGCCGCAGACAUCCAGCAAGGACGCACGCGCCGCUCAGGCAUCCGGCUCCAAUCCCGGCUCCGGCUCCGGCUGCGGCUCCGGUUCCGGUUCCAUUUCCGUUGCCGUCAACAUGCCAAACGCCACACUGCACAUCUAAAUCUGGGAGGGAUGCAGCCAGCGACGGCGACGGCGGUGGCGGCGGCGACGGCGACGGAGGAGAGAGAAACAAAGAGAUUUUUCGCUUGUGGCAUUGAAUUUGUCCAGAAAUGGGACUCGUACUUCACUACUUUCUACUGCAUUGGCGCCCCCUAUCGGCCGCCUCUGGCUAUUGGCUAAUCAUAUGGCGUUGUAUUUACUACAGUCUAAGAUCUUAGAGUAUUGUUAUCCGUAGCGCAUUCUCUGCACAGCUAUAUCUGUGCAUGUAGGUACUAUAUAUGUAGGUCCUAUAUAUCUAUAUAUAUAUAUAUAGUUUUUUUAUUUUUUUUUUAUGUUUUUAGUUUGCUUGGUCUGCGUGCAGCACUGUAAAUAUUCCUAAACAGCAUCUAGUCCAAAGUUGUAAAUAAUAUAGACAAAAAAAAAAGAAGAAAAAAAAGAAGGAAGCGAAGGAAAAUGAUGUGAGCUAGUUCCAUAGAGAAGUGCGCAGAAUACGUUUUGUAUUUAUUAGUUGUUUAAAUGCCAAGAUUGUGAAACGUAAAACAGAGGGGGGGCAGAGGGAGCGGUAGGUAACACAGCAGUUGCCACAUAGUUUAUAGACUUACAUAUAUACACACAUAUAUAUAACUAUAUAUAUAGUUGAUGAAUUUAUACGCAUUACUUAUCGAAAAGGUUAACGUUUCCGUUGCUUAAAAAAAAAAAAAGAAAGAAAGAAAAUGAAAAACAAAGAAUUCCUAUUAUAUCCAUUAUCUUUACAAUACAUUAUCUAUACAAUCAUAUCGACUCGACUCGAGCUAAAGCUAAACAAUUUUAAACAAAAUGUGGAAAAAUUUAUCAAAUGCAUUCAUUAAACAAAUGCGCUUAUCAACAAUA